AUGUUCUGCAUCCUGAUAAUAGAAUCAGUCAUAUUCAUUGUAAUGUCAUUAAUAAACUGUUCAUUAUUUUACAGUAAUACCGCAGUGAAAGUCUCUGAGGGCAAAAAAAGUCAGAAUGGUAGAAAAUCUCAAGAAUGUGAAGUAUACAAUAAAUUACUCACUGAUUCUAUUCAUCUUCAAAAACAUGAAAGAAUUCACAGUGGAGAGAAACCCUAUGGAUGUAAACAGUGUAGUAAAACAUUCAGUUGUUCCAGUAAACUUAAGAAACAUGAAAGAACUCACAGUGGAGAGAAACCUUAUGAAUGUAAACAAUGUACUAAAACAUUCAGUUGUUCCAGUAGUCUUAAGCUACAUGAAAGAACUCACAGUGGAGAGAAACCCUAUGAAUGUAAACAAUGUACUAAAACAUUCAGUUGUUCCAAUAGUCUUAAGCUACAUGAAAGAACUCACAGUGGAGAGAAACCCUAUGAAUGUAAACAAUGUAGUAAAACAUUCCGUUCUUCCAGUCAUCUUCGGGUACAUGAAAGAACUCACAGUGGAGAGAAACCCUAUGAAUGUAAACAAUGUACUAAAACAUUCAUUUGUUCUAGUAGUCUUCACUCACAUGAAAGAACUCACAGUGGAGAGAAACCCUAUGAAUGUAAACAAUGUACUAAAACAUUCAGUUGUUCCAGUAGUCUUAAGCUACAUGAAAGAACUCACAGUGGAGAGAAACCCUAUGAAUGUAAGCAAUGUACUAAAACAUUCCGUUUUUCCAGUGGUCUUAAACUACAUGAAAGAACUCACAGUGGAGAGAAACCCUAUGAAUGUAAGCAAUGUACUAAAACGUUCCGUUUUUCCAAUUGUCUUAAGCUACAUGAAAGAACUCACACUGGAGAGAAACCCUAUGAAUGUAAACAAUGUAAUAAAACAUUCCGUUCUUCCAGUCAUCUUCGGGUACAUGAAAGAACUCACAGUGGAGAGAAACCCUAUGAAUGUAAACAAUGUACUAAAAUAUUCAUUUGUUCCAGUAGUCUUCGCUCACAUGAAAGAAUUCACACUGAAACCCUAUGAAUGUAAACAAUGUACUAAAAUAUUCAUUUGUUCCAGUAGUCUUCACUCACAUGAAAAAAUUCACACUGAAACCCUAUGAAUGUAAAUAAUGUAACAGAUUUCGACAGUGCUGUAUUCUAUGGCAACAUGAACGAACUCAC